AUGGUUUCCAACAAGGAGGCGGCCGCUACUUGGGGCACGGCUUGCAGCAUCUGGCCCUUGGGGGACUCGCUCGACUACUCAUGGCUCGAUAGCUGCGCUGAGUUGUGGGACCCUCGCUGGGAAAGACUAGGAAGCCGGAGCUCGCCGCCAAACGGUAAUCGGGAGGCUUUCUUCUGGCGUGACGAAGACGGCAUGAGACGUUUCUUGGCCGAGGGCCUUCGGAUAAACUCGGGCUUGCCAGAGGCAAUCAGAUGUGGCCAUGAAGUUCUUGUCCGCAGUGGAGAAUUCUCGUUCGGCUCGGAGGAGAGAACAGGAAGGGCUGCUGUGGUUCAGGGCGCGUUUGUGUGCAUUCCGGCAUCCGAGGAUCGAGCCGUUCGUUCCGCUCUAGGGAUUCCUGCCGAAAGAGUUCGCUAUCGAUAGAGGCUCACAGACAGGGGUGUUCACCAUCAUUCAAAAGAGGAAGGGCUUCUACGGCACCUGUACUACGUUCUUCAAUAGCAUCACUGUGGAGUACAACAAGCGAAGCGGCUCUUGGCCACCACCCACGUUCAUUCGAAACGGGGACGUCUGUUGGCGGGUGGGUCCGGGUAAAAUCGAAACAUUCGUUGGAAGAGAUCGAUGUUAAGCCCCCCUCCCCUUCCUUCCCCCGCGUGCUGUGUGGGGUCUAGGGUGUCGUACAGGCUGGGUGCUUGGGCAUUGAGUUUUGUCUGGAGCAAGGGAGAGCACUAGUUUGGAACCUGAGUACGGGUGAUGUGCGUCAAUGGCGAACCGAUACGCCGACGAAAGCUACUCUAGGAAUUAGAGUAACGGAGGGUAUUAGGGGCACCU